GCUGCCUCUGCUCUAUCGUUUCUCGAGUUAUUUUCCCUUUCUCUACUCAUUUCUCAUUUGACGUCGGCUAGGUAUGUAAGAUUUGCUUUAAAGCCUUUUCUUUGUUAUCUUCAAACGCUUGAACUUUCGAUUCGCUUCCUUUCUCCCUCCUUUCACUUUGUUUUACGGCCUUUGCCGUGUGCUGUGCGCGCUAGACCAUCGGAUUCACUUCUGCGCUUGUGUGCGUUGGAUAAAUAGUCGACAUACAUUGCGCGUCGUUCCACACACGCUGCCCAACGACUCCGGGUGAGCAUUCAACGUCCAAACGCAGCAGCAGCAAAUACGCCGACUGUUUUUUUGUUUGAUGAACGAUAGAAAACAACUAGAUAAACCGAUAGAGAAGACCGAAGGAAAAAUGGCGGAGUUAUUCAACGACCCGGUGUACGUGUUCCCCCUGGAUGGCUCGGAGGGCCGUCCACGCAAUACGGCAAACUCACAAUCCACAACUCCCGGCCAGACAUCGUCGACGGAGGUCUUCUCCGGUCCCGUCAUCCCCGAGCACCAUGGUUCAGUAUCCAGUAUCGUCUCCUCUGGUCAGUACGAAGUUGCGGCGCGGGAGCGCCGUGUCAGCUGCUCGCCUCGAGGCGACAAUUUGAUUAGCGUGGUGACACGGAGCGGAGACGAGCUGCACUACCCGGUGGUGCACGGCCGUGCGGGGGGCAGCAUCUGCGCGCAGUCCGCAGGACUCGAGCCGAUGAUGCCCAACGCGGCGGCGGCGCGCUCCGACGUCGCCACCCGGGUGCGCCGUCACGCCUCUCUCAUGGCAAAGUCCGUCUCCCCGCACGUCGUCCUUCACGAGGAGGACAAGGAAGCGGAGACAGCGGCGGAGACGACGGAGAUGUACCAGCAGAGCCGUGCGACACCAUCCUCCAUUCAGCGCCACCGCCACGGCAGCAUGGGGAGCAACCGCAGCCCGCUGCCCACGUUGGCCCUGCGAGGGGAGCCGGUGGAGGAGACGGUGCGCACCACCAGCCCGCAGCUGCCCUCGGCGUGCUCGUCGCUCACCAAUACGCCGCGGCAGACGGCUCGGCGCCCCUCCGUCGCCACCUCACUGCGCGAUUUGAGUGCCCUCGACAACGAUGCAGAUAGGCACGUGCACGCCGUGGUGGACGGUGUCGCAGUGCGGGUGGAGGAGACGGGGGUAAGCACCCCGGAAAUGGCGGAGUACUUCGCGGACACCACCUCGGACGCGCACCUGCAGUCCUCCGGUGUGUUUGACAACAACCUUUUAGGAAGCUCGUCUUCAAGCCUGGCGUUGCAUCACAGCUUCGCCACGCAGCGGCAGUCGCAGCAGUACGGCACCGUCGCGGUGGUGCACCACCCGCAGACGGAGACCGGCGUGGGCGGCGGUCCGGCACGGUCGGGCUCGCGGGUGAGUCACUUUAUGCACCCCAUGCUAGAGCGCCUAAUGCAUCGUAUCGAGGAGCAGGCCGCCGUGUCCCAGCAACUUCUGCAGCGCAUGGACGCGCUCGAAGGCACGAACAAGAUGCUGGUCGACCGCCUCCUCAAGCUCGAGGCGGCCAUGGGAGCUAGCCAAGGGGGUGAGGAGGUCGUCGCACGUGUUUCUGCGGAGUCAGCGUCGCCGUCAGUGACGCGCGCCUCUAGCUCAAUGAACUCCGCCGCGGGUCCGUCCACGCGCGCCCCUUCGAAGGCGGUGAACUGA